UCCAUCCGGCGGGCGGCGCGCGGCGAGUGGACGCGCACGGCUGGCGGAACGCAGGCAGCGCCGAGGGCAGCCAGGCGAACGCUGGGGCUUCGGCGGCGCCUGUCGGAGGCGGGGCAGGAAGGCCCGUGCAGCGCCUUAGCCUCGCCGGGCGUGGGGAGAGGGCUCGGCCCACGGUCCCCGCUGGGGGUGCCCCCCCACCCCAGGCCUCUUCAGAGGACACGUGUCAGUACUUUGUCGUCUCACCCCAUGUCAUAGCCCCUCCCCCAGGCCUGGGAUCCCCCGUCCGUCAGGCUCCGUUAUCCCCAGGCCCAACCCCCCGCUGACCCGCGCGCGGUCCCGGCCGGAUCCCUCUCCUCCCUGGCCCGUCUCCCUGGGCGGCGAGCGGCCCGGCCCCCGCAGAAGACACUCGUCAGCAAGUUCUCACCCCUGUCAUCUCAUCCCUCUGCAUAACUCACCCCAGGCCUAGGGACUCCGGCCCAUUGUCCCCGGACCCAGCCCCUCGCUGAACGCAGGCUCGGCCCUAGCCCCCGCCCGGCGCGUCUCCGGCAACACGCCGCGACCCGGGAUGCAGCCCACAAGCUGGGCGACCGUCAGGGAGGCGGCGGGCCGUGACGUGCUGGCUGCCGACCUCCGCUGCAGCUUCUUCGCCUCGGCCCUGCAGAGCUACAAGCGCGACUCUGUACUUCGGCCCUUCCCCGCAUCCUAUGCCCGCCACGACUGCAAGGAUUUUGAGGCCCUGCUUGCAGAUGCCACUAAGUUACCCAACCUGAAAGAACUUCUCCAGUCCUCAGGAGACAAAGACACAUGGGCCUGGGACCUGGUGAGCUGGAUUUUGUCCUCAAAGGUCCUGACAAUCCACAGUGCAGGAAAGUCAGAGUUUGAAAAGAUCCAAAAGCUGACUGGUGCCCCUCACACGCCUGUCCCCGUGCCGGACUUCCUGUUUGAAAUUGAGUACUCCGACCCAGCCAACGCCAAAUUUUAUGAGACCAAAGGAGAACGAGACCUAAUCUACGCCUUCCAUGGGAGCCGCCUAGAAAACUUCCAUUCCAUCAUCCACAAUGGCCUGCACUGCCACCUGAACAAGACAUCCUUGUUCGGGGAAGGGACCUACCUCACCAGUGACUUGAGCCUGGCUCUCAUUUACAGCCCCCAUGGCCAUGGGUGGCAGCACAGCCUCCUGGGCCCCAUCCUUAGCUGUGUGGCCGUGUGCGAGGUCAUCGACCAUCCAGACGUCAAGUGCCACACGAAGAAGAAGGAUUCCAGGGAGAUAGAUCGCAGAAGAGCGAGGAUCAAGCACAGUGAAGGGGGAGACGUCCCUCCAAAGUACUUUGUGGUCACCAAUAACCAGCUCCUGCGAGUGAAGUACCUGCUGGUGUACUCACAGAAGCAGCCCAAGAGCAGGGCUUCAAGCCAGCUCUCCUGGGUUUCCAGCCAUUGGUUCACGGUCAUGAUAUCCCUGUAUCUGCUGCUGCUGCUCAUAGUGAGUGUCAUCAACUCCUCAGCUUUCCAACACUUUUGGAAUCGCGUGAAGAGAUGAUCUUUCUGGGCCUGGUGUGGGGACCACCGCAACCACGUGCCUUAUGAUAACUUGUUCUUUCCCUCCCGGGCCUCACAUCCAGCUAGGUCAAGCCUGGGGGCCAGUUGGGGACCACAGGACAAUUUUUAUAUGCCAUAAAUGUAUCAAUUGCCUUUGAUGAUGCUCUCAGCCACACUCUAGUCAACGGAGGCUACUGGCCCCUCCCUCUUAGGUUUUGGGGGAGAUUUCCUGUCUGCGCCUUCCUAAAUAGUCUUAGGGAGUUGUCUUUUUUGCCAGGGCCAAAGGAGAAAGUCCUGCUGCAUUUAAAAACAAAGUGUCCAGGCUGUCAGUGGGGUGUUUACAAUUGCUUCUGGCGGACGUUGGCCCUUCUCUAACGCCUUCUGGAAGGCGGAAAUGUGUAGUGGGGACUAUAACUCACUAGGCGGUUGCCUUGUUUUGACUUGAGAUACCCGAGAGGAACAGUCAUGUUUCCCAUAAAAAUCGGUGGGAUUGGUUUGAAUUCCAUCAGCCUUUGUAUGUGAGUGCAAAACACUUUCACAGUUUUCUCACAUUAACAGAGAGCCUUCUGCUACAGCUGUAACCCCUCUGCCCCAACCAUGGAUGAGAAAGGAAGGAGUCAGAGAACCGAUAGAAAACAAAGAGCAAAUCAAGUCAUCUUUUUCUAAAAAUUACCAACUGCUGAUUACAGCUGAAAUGGAACCAAAUGUUUGUCUUCUGAUUUUUUUUUUUUAAAGUAGCUGUUUGACAAAUUAGUCUUUGUGAGCUGAGUAAAAGGGGAAAUUUCUAAACCUAGAGCACCAUUUGGCCAGUGUCCACAGCCUCUUUCCUGGCCGUAUUUUAGAGAGAAGGAUUUGAGCUGUAGGCCUGCCUCCUGCUCUCCUUCUCACGAACCUGCCUUGAUUGUGGCCUGUUAGCCACAGGUGCCACACUGCAGGCCUUCUGUGGGCAGCUGGCCUUUGAGAUAGAGGCCUGCCUCGGUGUGCCACGGAUGUGUGUGGGCUGAGCCUCCCUCACAGGGCCCGCAAGUCUCUGGGACUCAGCCUGGGCUUUAAAUGUUCAGGGAAAGCCUCAGGCUGCUCAGAGAGCCCUGGUUCUACCUGCUGUAUUCUCUGCCCCUCCUUCCUGCCCCGUGUCAGCUGUCACGGAGCCCUAUCUGAUUUAGGGGGGAGAUUUCUGUAAAGAAUGUGGAAAUUCACUUUUCUAUAAUUUGUGAGGUUGUGAAAAAGCCACCAUCCUGGUUUUUACAUUGAAUAUUGGAGCAUUUCAGAGAUAAUAAAGGUAUUUUCCUAAUUUCCAAGUUGCCUUUGUGACUGCUUUCAGCCUCAGCACGAGGCUGCUGUGUAUUCAUUGUUGGGAAAAAUUUUAUCCGUCCUUGUUCGAGGUGGCCGUUUGCUGGAGAGUAUAUAUCUCCAGGAUAUCUGUAGGCAUUGGAUUUAUAGUUAUUGAUUUAGCAAAUAUGAGACCCUACUGUGUGCCAGGGACUAGAAGUAGGAGCAGAAUCAGGUCAGACUGCCCCUGCCCUCACAGAGCUGACAGUCUAGCAAGGUAGGCAGAUGGACAAACAUCCUCAGAAGUGAAGUUGGCAUUAUACGGUAUCAUAAAGGAGUUUUGGAAGCUACUUGGCAAGGAAUCUUAACAUGGUCUGGGGUCAGGAAAUAUGGAGGUGACACCCUGGAGCCUGCAAGGCACCUUACAUGUACUGAUUUCUUUAAUCCUCACAACAGAUAAGAAAGUGAAGGCCCAGAGAGUUGAAUAGGUUGCCCAAGGUUACGUGGCUGGGAAGUGGCAGAGCUGGGGGUUGAACCUGGCUCAGUGUCAGUCUCGUAAGCAUCAUGUUCUUCAGCCCCACUGGGCACCCAGGAAAGGUGACGUUCAACUGAAACCUGAAAGACAUUGGUAUCAGGCUAAGAGGUGGAGGAAAAGCGUUUCAGGCAGUGCGAACAGCGCAAAGACCUAGAGUUCUUUCUGGAGAAGGUGAAAGCAGGAGGGUCCUACAGGAAGAGGCUGUGAUGAGAAAUGAGGCUGGAAAGGUGGGCAGGGAACAGAUCAUGAAAGACCUUAAAAGUGGUGGGCUGGGGAGAGCCAUUAGAUUUUAACCAAGGAAGUGAUAUCAGAUUUGGUUUGCAGAAAAAUCGCUCUGGCUGGUGGUUGGAGAAUGGAUUUAGGAUUAUUUUGAGGAUUAAAAGAACUGACGGUUACAAUAGCUCAGCACAGAGCAAGUAGCUGAUUUGUUUCAGCUGCUAUUAUUAUUAUCGUUAUUAUUUGUUUCUAAUGGCUCAGCAGAGGAGAUAAGCAUGCAAAGGAGACAGAGCAGUAAUGCCCAGGGACCCUGGAACGGUGAAGUGUCACAGAAGCGAAAAACGAAGGCUUGGUGAGCACUGUCAAAUGCUGCCAAGCAAUCGAGAUUAUGCCUGAGAAGUUCUGUGGGAUUUACUGAGUUGGAGAUCAUUGGUGAACUUGGCCGGAGCAGUUUCCAUAGAGUUCAGCAUAGGGGAUGUGAACAAAGUCCGACUGCACAGAUGUGAAAUGUGCACAGUUUCCUGGUGUUCUCAGGCAAUAUUUAUUUAAAACCUAAUCCCCUUUUUCUGAGUUUUCUGUCCCCUCCCAACCCCCCCCAAAAAAGAGGUUGUAUAAUACCUGAUGUGACUGUGGGGCAGGCACUGGGCUUACGAUGGGGACAUGAGGAUGGAUGAAGAACGGUCCUGUCCUCCAGGAACUUCCAAGGCAGUGGGCUCCAUGGGACACGUACAUUUUGAUAUGAGGGAAGGAAAUUCCUGGAGCCU